UUAUUGUGUCAUUUCAUUUUUGAAAACAUUCAGUAAAAAUUCGAAAUUAAAAGAUAAAUAAAAAUGCCUUUAGGCUUAAAGAGAAUUUUCCUUAUACUCUGGAUAGUUUGGUAUAUGCUCCAUUUAGCUGAAUCUGAGGGCAAUUUGACAUGUACCAAAAUGCUGGAUACGCGCAGUCAAGACGAAUGCUGUGGCAACAAUGUUCUAAGCAGAUUUAUGUUCGUGACAACAAAUUGUUCAAAGUAUUGGGAUGAUUUUGACACAUGCCGAUAUGAAUGUCUCUACAAUAAUUGGAAUCUGCUGGAUAGUAAAAAUAAAAUCCAGAGACCCGAACUGUAUGACAUGAUCACGCGACUAUAUAAUCCACUCAAUGGUUACAACAACUAUGGCUUAGCCAUGAAGCGUGCCUUCGAGGAUUGUGAUAAGCUCUAUCUCAAAUAUGCGGAUUUUGUUUUGCUCUAUUCCGCACAAGCUCAGAAUUAUUUACGCUUGGAUAAGAAUUGUGAACCUUUUGCAUUGUACUACGCCCAAUGUGUGUCCGGAAAUCUGUUUAUGAAUUGCCCCAAAGAAUACUGGAGAGAUAAUGUAAUGUGUAAUGAGUAUAAGACUGAGCUAAUAUCAUGUAGCAAAUACUUGGGAUUGACAACGGUACCCAAUGACGAUACUCUUAAUGAGCCAGGAUUGAAAAAGAAUGGAGCUAACGGACAUAGAAAACGAUUGAUCGAUUCUAUUAUGCCAGUCAUUCUCUUUAUGUUUAUUGGCUUUUUAAGAAACAUUUAAUAUAACUGCAGUCAAAUGUAAUAAAACAAUGUUGACUCCAA